CAGACAGCACUGAGGGGAGGGAAAAACACACACUCUGUCACACCUACCCCACAGCCUCACACAGCCUCUGUAAGAGACAGAACUGGUCCUGACAUUGUGAGGAAGAUGAAUGGCUGCAUGAGAGGAGCAUCCAGGACAGGACAUUAGCUCCUGAAGCUGCUGAGACAAAUACAUGCCAAGGACUACAAACAAACAGAGAGAGAGAGAAAGAGAGAGAGAGAGAGAGAGAGAGAGAGAGAGAGAGAGAGAGAGAGAGAGAGGGAGCACAGCAAGCCCAGAGGGAAGGACAGCAGCGUUUCAGAGAGGGGUAAAACAGAGUGGAAGAGGCAGGUUUAUUCUGCUGCCAAGGACCUUAAAAAGGAUCUAAACUGCAAAACUAAAAAGCUGCAUUUUGGGGUUUUGUCGUCCUCCCUGCACACGGAAAUCCACUCCUUCUCCUUCUGCCUGCAGAGAGCUCCCAGUCCACCUCCUCCUGCUGCUGCUGCUGCUGCUGCGAGGUUACAGUCUCCGUGCUUCUGUGCACAGCACCAGAACAGACUGCUUUGUAGUCCGAGACCAUGAGUGAGGCGAAGAAAGGUGAGCUAGCCAUCCGGGAUAAAGCCAUUCUGCACCAGCAGAGGCGUCUGAAGCAGGCCACCCAGUUCACACACAAGGACUCAGCUGACCUCCUGCCCCUGGACGGGCUGAAGAGACUGGGCACGUCCAAAGACUUGCAACCUCACAGCAUCGUCCAGCGCCGCCUGCUGGAGGGAAACAUCACACGGCUGCGAGGGGAGGCCCGGGACCCCGGCAACAGGGUUCGCUCCCCACUGGCCGACACCAAGGACGGAGCCGCCGACGCUGAGGAGAGGAGCGAGAGCACGGCCGACGACUCCACAGAGGAGAGGGAGUCUCUGGAGGAGAGUGAGAGGAGCUUACGGUCGGACGAGGAGGACGACAGCAGCGAAGCCGGAGCCAGACAGACGGCCGAGAAGACCGAGGGCACGGAAGGCUCGACCCUCCUCACAGCUCUGGUUGUUCAGUGCAAGUGCUGCGAGACUGAAGUCAAGGCAUCCAUUAACACCGGCAGCCAACAUAACCACAUCUCCUCCUCCUGCUGCCAGAGGCUGGGAUUGGUGCCCAGUCAGGACAGUUCACCAUGUGGCGUGAGCGGCUCAGUGACGGGUCUGCAGCUGCAGCUGGGCAGACAGACGGUCCAGUGUUCAGCCUAUGUUAAAGAGGAUGAGGCGUUUGAGCUGUGCCUGGGUCUUCAGACUCUGUUGGAACUCAAAUGCUGCUUGGACCUGAGCAGUCGCGUCCUGAAGCUGCAGGGCUGCGGCGAGGAGCUGCCCUUCCUGAACCCUUCGACCGACAGCCAGUGCCACCAUGACACCAACGAGAACCUGUGAGCCUGACGCGG